AUGGCUCGACAGGCGUGGGGCCAUGAUGAUAUCAGGUCUCGUCCCGUAAUGAUGGGUGCUGGCGACUGGGAUACGCUUCAAUGUGGGACGAAGACAAGCGUUGAGCCACCUACUCCUUCUCCUCUGCUGUCUCCACGGGUGAUCCUUCCGAGCGCUGACGUAGCUCUGCAGUCCACGGCAUUAGGCGCGCCGGUGCCACAGCAUGUGGCCUCUCAGUCUCUCAGGAGCUCUGCUUUCUGUUCUUUUUCUUUUUUGGACCCUUCUGUCUGCACUGCCAUCUACACGCCUCUGCGGUCCAGCGCGGCGGACGCGGGAAGUGAGUACUAUCCUCGAGACCGAUGGCUCGCUUUUCUCAAUGACUAUGGCUGGUUAGGAGCGAAAAUUCAGUCAGACGCUAGGGCGUUUGCCUCUCUCUACACUCCGACCUUCCGCCCCUCUUCACCUUAUGUGCCUGCGGAAGCAACAUUGGGGGUUUGGUGGCUGAUGGACCUCGUGUUUUCCUGGUUAUUGUCCUUGAUGGGUCAUGGCAUCCGCGUUGUUCUCUGCUGUGGGAGAAGAAAGCAUUCGUGUUCGAGAGGAGCUGCGGGACGGGGUGUCCUCGCAGUGGUCGCGGCUCCAGAAGUGACAUGUCGAGGAGGGGGAGGCUGGUUCACUGUUGAUGGAGCGUGCAGCGAUCUGUCCCGCUCAAUCGAUGCUGGUGGUGACGUCUUGCUGGUUUCCCUGUCGAAUCGACAGCAGCCGUUUGCAUCCAAGCUGAACCGCACGAGCUUGGCUGGAGAAGGCAUUGACGAAAGUCCCUCAGCUUAUAUGCGUGAAUCGAUGGUGCUCCUUGGGCAUACGGAGGCGGCAUUACUUCAACGCAAUUGCAGCCAAGUGCCAUCACAUGAGGCAUUCGUGGGUGAUUUUGCGUCAAGGUCUGGCAGCGAAAUCCAAGAACUUUCUACCAGCAAUUCGAGUCGUGGUGAAGUGGCUGCUCCCAAUACCAUAGUGGACACCAAUCGGGUGUUUAGCGGGUCACGGCAGGUCACUGCUGCAGCGGGUUUCGAUUUCGGUGCUCAUGGUUCAUUCAUAUUUUUAGGAUACAGUGACGGCCAGCUGGAGAGUAUAUCGAGCUAUCAGCCAGAAGGUGACUUUUGUCCCCUCAGUGGGUCAGUAUCUUCUUCGCUCGGCUCAAGCGGUCUGGUGGACAACGGUGCAGGCAGCUGGAGACUUCGCUGGGUCGACCACCUUGACUGUUGUGUCAGAUGCUUGCGGGUCUCUCCUUCUGGUGCGAAGGUUUGUGCUCUCACUGAAACCAGCGUAUUUGUGUUCGAUACCCUCGCUUCCUCUACUUCUCCAAUGUCUGCUACCAGUAAAGUGCCCCGGCUUUUGGUUGUCGGCGGAGAGGCGUUGCUUGGUCAUGUACCUGUAGCUUUUUGCUGGACAGGAGAGUUUCAGCUUAUGGUGUUGAACAGUGGAGGACGGCUAAGUGUACUACAACGUGAUCCGCGCAAAAGCGUUGCAUCAUGGUACUCCGUCGGCCGCGCGCGUCUGGACGCCUCCACACGCGAACAGCUGAGGCUGGAGAUGCGGAAGGAAAGCAGCAGGUUGAUGGACGGCAAGAAGCCUCCCAAGAGUAGUACGCACUUUGUGCGAGCGUCGGUACCCGUAGCUACGCUGGAUUUCCAUCCUGCCCGCGAGGUAGUGUACGUUUCGGUCAGAGGGAGCCCGCGACCGCUCGUGUUCGACUGGAACGUGCCUUCUCAGUUAUUUCGCUUUUCCGGGAGGGACAUGACUGAGUGUCUCCUCAGGUUGACAGGAGAGCAGAUUCUGAUUGAAACGCCUUUAACCGAGAUGUGUCUUCCUUACAGAGGCCCGCUUCAAAUGGUGCAGGGGCCCUCCCACCUGGUUGAUGAGCGAAUGACAGAGGAGCGGAGGAGAGGGGGAGAAACGAGAGGAAAUGGAAGAAACUCAGAUGGAUGUGGGAACUCAUCGUCUUCAGCGACAAAGGAAGAUGGUUCAGCAAGCGUGUGUCGCCCCAAACUGCGGAGCGUUUUGACGGUUGCACUAGGCAGAGACGACGCGCACCGUCGGGCUUACGUGGCUGCCAUUCAUGACGGUUGCGAUGCAGUCGUUGUGUACGACGCCAGUCCUCGGAUCCACACACAGCAGCCUUGUGAUGUUAGACAGCAGCACUCACCUCUGUUAUACUGGCUGUCUCCGCCGUUCCCGGGGUGUUUCCCUUCCGCCAUCGCUUUUGGUUCGGUACCGCCGUCACGCCAAAAAGGCUACGCAUGUGGCGCGCCAACUGUCCUUGCGGUGCAGUGGUCCAAAGUAUGCUCUUCAGCAUCGCACUGUCAUUCCACAAUGCCCGUCGUUACCUGCCUACAUGACAUGCCGCAAGGUAACCCUUCACUUCGGCAUAAGAGAACGUUGGCAACGGCUGUUGCGCGACGAGGACGCGGGGGUCUGCUGAACUCGGUGUCAUCCUGUCCUGUUACUCCAUUGCCUCAAGUGACUGGUUUUGAAGAUGAAACACUCAAGUCGUGGCAGGAGGCUUCGACGCUCGGCGCGCCGGUGUGUGGUUAUGCGGAAACGCGGAUGAGAGCACAUUCUCCUCACCGAAAGCCUCGAACCGAAUCGUAUUCGGGCGCUGGCGUGUUACCACCUACAUCGUUCGUGAGUGGACGGCCUGACGACAUGCUAUUCAGGAAUGAUGAUCUAGGGCGAACCAGGAAUAUUGGUGGAGCAGGGAAUCCCGUUCUUGGUGCCGAAAGACAAGGACUUCAGUACGAAGACAGCUCGUACAUGCUGGAGUCCCAACGGCCUCGUCAGCUGGACACGUCGCUCCGACUGUCAGCACUGUAUGGUUGCGGGGGUUCACACGACAAGAUUCAUCGGUGGAACGAGAUAAAGGGGCUGCCAGAUCUCGCAGAGAGGGGAGAGAGUGGAUCCGGCCAAAGCGAAAGCGACUGGCUAGCCCGGUGGCAGCAGCAGCAACAACAGUUUGCUCGCAGUUGGCAGCUGGCUCCGCCAGCGACUCACGACUCCGAGAUCCCGCCCGCAACAAGUUCAUCCUUUUCUCGGUGGGCUUUCUCGCAUAAGGUCCCGGCACUACGUGCCUCGCCCUACGGUGCACACGUGCCCUACAAUCGACUUUCUCCUGUCCCCCCAUCAGGAUUGAACCUGCCGUUCGCCGUGGGACAAGGACAGCAGCCGUAUUGGGGAGAUGCAAGAGGCGCCGCACUGCAAAGCUCUGUGGCAGUCGAUGAUAUAUGUAAAAACGGUCAGUGGGGAGGCACAGGGAAGCAUUCGAGAGCUUACAGCGAGCGACCAGCUUCCGGCUCGGGGCAAGUGCCAAGCACAGCAUGCCCCAGUGAGUGGUCCCGGGAAGCUGGAGGUGUGCCGACGCAAAUGGUUUUGCCAAGCGGGGCUCGGUUUGCAUCAUCUGUGCUGGGCCAGUCGUCGGCCGCAGACCCGUUGCAAUCAGCAAGCAGGAUAGCGUCUCCGGUGCCCCAAAAUCCGGGCUUCUGGGCUUCUGGGAUACCGCAAGAGAUGACUCUGACGUCUCCGCAGCUUGCCUCAUCUGCGGUGCCUUCGUCCGUUGGCAGAGAAUACGGUGACUACGCGGCCUCGUUCGGAUGCACCUGGCGAAGACAGGCAGCUGCACGAGCGGGUCUCGAAUCGAGUGCCUACAGCCGAUGGUGA